AUGGCGCAGAGAAUCCUAUCCACAGGCUCCUUCUUCGGCCUCCACUCUGCGCCGCUGCAAGAUGGUAGCGACUACAUGUCCGCCGUGUCCCAACACAGCGGCCACCAGCCGUUCUGUGGCAACCGCGAAGGAUGGGGCCCGCUGAGCCCGAUCCGAUACGAUUUCACGCCGUGCUUCAUGGAUGUCUGGGUCAGCAGCGUGGCGGCCUUCGGGAUCCUGUUUGGGGCGGGCGCGGUGUGGUGGUUGCUAAGGCGGAAGGGGAAGUUGGGUGGCAUGGAGGGGAGGGGGAGGGGUUGGGCAGAGGGGGGAAAGAUGGCAACUAUUGUGGCUAUAGCUCUUUCCGUGGCCCUCCAACUCGUCUUCCAGAUCCUCAACUAUCCCAACGUCUGGGCGGGCGACUUCCGCUUCUGGACCAGCGUGCUGACUGUUCUUUCGCUGGGCGUCAUCUUCACGAUUCAAUGGCUGGAACACGAUCGGUUACGGAAUCCUAAUGGAGUGGUGUUGUUCUACUGGCUCUUCCUACUCAUCGCGUGGUCCGUGAAACUGCGCUCCCUCCUCUCGCAGCAAGUCUAUCACCACCAUCUCCCAUACUUCGUGGCAUACUGCGUCGGUUACGGACUCGCGUGGGUGGAAUUUGGAUGGGAGUGGCUGGUGCCGAAGGAGAAGUCCGACUACCAGGUGGUGGGCGACGAAGACGAGUGCCCGGUUGAAUACGCGACUGUCUUCUCCAUCUUGACGUUCAGUUGGAUGACGCCCAUGAUGCGCCAUGGCUACAAGAAAUUCCUGAAUGAGGACGACCUCUGGAACCUCGCGAAACGCGAUACCACCAAGUCGACCGGUGAGACCUUCAAGAAGGCCUGGGACAAGGAGAUUGCCCACAAGAAAAACCCAAGUCUCUGGAUGGCGAUUUUCCGUUCAUUCAGUGGACCAUAUGUGAGAGGUAGUUUGUUCAAGAUGGUGUCCGAUACCUUGGCGUUCGUGCAGCCGCAGCUGUUGAGGUUGUUGAUCAAAUUCGUGGAUUCGUACCGUGAGGGCAGGGAGCCGGAGCCUGUGAUCCGCGGCGCGGCUAUCGCAAUCGCUAUGUUCGCCGUCUCGGUCGGCCAGACUAUGGCCUUGCACCAAUACUUCCAGCGUGCUUUCGAGACGGGUAUGCGUAUUAAGACAGCGCUGACGGCAGCCAUUUACGGCAAGUCCCUGAAACUGUCAAAUGAAGGGCGAGCAUCGAAGAGCACAGGCGAUAUCGUCAAUUAUAUGGCGGUGGAUACGCAGAGACUGCAGGAUCUAACGCAGUAUGGACAGCAGCUGUGGAGCGCGCCUUACCAGAUUAUUUUGUGUAUGGUCAGUCUUUAUCAGCUGCUUGGGCUGAGUAUGCUGGCGGGUGUGGGCGCGAUGAUUUUGAUGAUUCCUAUCAACGGGUUGAUUGCGCGGAUGAUGAAGACGUUGCAGAAGGAACAGAUGAAAAAUAAGGAUCAAAGAACUCGACUUAUUGCUGAGAUUGUCAACAAUAUGAAGAGCAUCAAACUCUACGCUUGGGGAAGCGCUUUUAUGCAGAAGCUCAACUACGUACGAAACGACCUCGAAUUGAAGACUCUGAGAAAGAUUGGUGCCGCUCAAGCUAUUGCUACUUUCACCUGGUCCACCACUCCGUUUCUGGUCUCCUGCUCGACCUUCACCGUCUUCGUCCUUACUCAAGACAGACCCUUGACCACCGAUAUUGUGUUCCCGGCCCUGACGCUAUUCAAUCUCCUUACUUUUCCCCUCGCAAUCUUGCCCAUGGUCAUCACUUCCAUCAUCGAAGCUUCCGUGGCUGUCGGCCGAUUGACUGCGUUCUUCACUGCCGAAGAGCUCCAACCAGAUGCAGUCCUUCUGAAAGAUGCCGUUGAGGAGAACGGCGAAGAGUCUCUCAAGAUUCGCGACGGGACAUUUUCCUGGGAUAGACACGCUGGCCGAAACGCACUUGAGGAUAUCAAUUUCACCGCCUCCAAGGGCGAGCUUACCUGCAUUGUUGGCAGAGUCGGAGCCGGCAAGUCAUCAUUUCUCCAAGCCAUCCUCGGAGAUCUGUGGAAAGUCAGGGGCCAUGUUGAGGUUGCUGGAAAGACGGCAUAUGUGGCUCAGCAAGCCUGGGUCAUGAAUGCAAGUGUCAAAGAGAAUAUUACCUUCGGGCACAAAUUCGAUGAAGUUUUCUACGAAAAGUGCGUCCACGCUUGCGCGUUGACCGAGGAUUUCGCUCAAUUGCCUGACGGCGAUGAGACGGAAGUUGGAGAGCGUGGAAUCUCGCUUUCUGGGGGCCAGAAAGCGCGAUUGACGCUUGCGCGCGCUGUCUACGCCAGGGCUGAUAUUUACCUUCUCGAUGACUGUCUGUCGGCUGUUGAUCAACAUGUUGGGAGACAUCUCAUCGAUAAUGUUCUUGGUUCCAAUGGAUUGCUAAAGAGCAAAACAAGGGUUUUGGCUACCAACUCCAUCCCGGUCCUGUUGGAGUCUGACUUCAUUUGUCUGAUCAGAGACGGCAAGAUCAUCGAGCGUGGUACUCAUAAUCAGGUCAUGGCAAUGAAGGGGGAGAUUGCAAACCUGAUCAAGACUCUGAACAAUCAGGAGUCCUCAGCAGAAACGUCAACCACUUCCAGCAAUUCCUCGACAAUCAUCGAUACUGACCAAGCUCUCGAUGACGAGAAAGAAGAUGAGAUGGAAGAGGCCCAAGAGCACUUGACUGAACUCCAGCCUAUUCGACCGGGAGGGUCAGGUGUCAAGAAGCGUAAGGGAAGUAGCGGGACCCUGAGACGAGCCAGUACCGCCAGCUUCAAGGGUCCGCGAGGCAAACUGCGUGAUGAGGAGGAAGGCCAUAAGAGCAAGAACAAAGAACAUUCGGAACAGGGCAAGGUCAAAUGGGACGUGUAUGCCGAAUACGCCAAGACGAGCAAUCUGUAUGCCGUGGGCCUGUACGGGCUCAUGCUAAUCGGCGGGCAAACAGCACAGAUCGGUGGCAGCGUUUGGCUUAACCGGUGGGCCGACAGGAAUGAGCGCGCGGAUGGCAACCCGGAAGUCGGCAAGUACAUCGGCGUCUACUUUGCGUUCGGCAUCGGCGGUGCUCUGCUUGUCGUCGUGCAAACACUCAUCCUCUGGAUCUUCUGUUCUAUUGAGGCGUCGAGGAAACUCCACGAGAGGAUGGCGUUUGCCAUUUUCAGAUCGCCGAUGAGCUUUUUCGAGACGACUCCGGCUGGGCGUAUCCUCAACAGAUUCUCUAGCGAUAUUUACCGGGUCGAUGAAGUCCUUGCACGCACGUUUAACAUGCUAUUCGUCAACAGCGCUCGGGCCAUGUUCACGUUAGCUGUCAUCUCGACGGCGACCCCUGCUUUCACUGCCCUCAUUCUCCCCUUGGGAGGUGUGUACUACUGGGUCCAACGCUACUAUCUCCGCACUUCCCGGGAGCUCAAGAGACUGGACUCCGUAAGUAAAAGCCCUAUCUAUGCGCAUUUCCAAGAGUCGCUGGGCGGUAUCACGACCAUUCGGGCCUACCACCAGCAGCAGCGUUUCGCAAUGGAGAACGAGUGGCGCGUGGACGCAAAUCUCCGCGCGUACUUCCCCUCGAUCAACGCGAAUCGAUGGCUCGCUGUGCGACUGGAAUUCCUAGGAUCAAUUAUCAUCCUGAGUGCAGCUGGCUUUGCUAUCAUCUCGGUAGCCACCGGCAGCGGCCUCUCCGCCGGCUUCGUCGGUCUCGCAAUGUCCUACGCGCUGCAAAUCACCCAAUCACUCAACUGGAUAGUGCGCCAGACCGUCGAAGUCGAAACGAACAUCGUCUCCGUCGAGCGCGUGCUCGAGUACGCACGCCUCGAGAGCGAAGCGCCCGAGGUCCUGCACCGGCACCGCCCUCCCAUCUCCUGGCCUGCGUCUGGCGCGGUCGAGUUCAAGAACUACAGCACCCGGUACCGACCCGAGCUCGACCUCGUGCUGAAGGAUAUCAACCUUGACAUCAAGCCUCACGAGAAGAUCGGGGUUGUGGGGAGAACGGGGGCGGGAAAGAGUUCGCUUACGCUGGCGCUGUUUCGGAUUAUCGAGCCGAGCGAGGGAAAUAUCAGUAUUGAUGCGCUGAACACGUCGACGAUUGGGCUACUGGAUUUGAGGCGCAGGCUGGCGAUCAUUCCGCAGGAUGCGGCUCUUUUUGAGGGGACGAUUCGGGAUAACCUUGACCCUGGACAUGUGCAUGAUGAUACGGAGUUGUGGAGCGUGCUGGAACAUGCUAGGCUGAAAGAGCACGUUAGCAGUAUGAAUGGUGGGCUGGAAGCGAAGAUUCAGGAGGGUGGCUCCAAUCUCUCGCAAGGCCAGCGCCAGCUCGUCUCUCUAGCCCGGGCCCUCCUCACCCCGUCCAACAUCCUCAUCCUGGACGAGGCCACGGCGGCGGUGGACGUCGAGACGGACGCCCUGCUGCAGACGACGCUGCGAAGCCCGCUCUUCAGCAAGCGCACUAUCAUCACCAUUGCACACCGCAUCAACACGAUCCUGGACUCUGACCGCAUCGUUGUGCUGGACAAGGGGCGCGUGGAGGAGUUUGGGACGCCGGCUGAGUUGUUGGAGCUCCGGGGGAGCUUCUGGCGACUGGUGAAGGAAGCGGGGCUGUUGGAGGGGGUACAGAGGUGA